AUCCAGUCCGGGUUUCAGCUCCAACUCGAAUUUCAGCUUUGCAAAGUUUUGCAGCCGUGAUUGGAUUCGUUGCACAGGAUUUGGGUCGCAAAGAAGGAAUAAUAAUCGGAAACCUGUGCAGUGAAUAUGGAUAGAAUGGGUAACCUCAGCUCUCCUGUGCCACCCUCCUCUUGCGACUGUUUUGUCUCUCUUCCUCCUGCUUCUGCUGCCAGAGAAGUGAUAUUUGGCAAGAAUUCAGACCGGCCAAAGGAUGAAGUCCAGGAGGUUGUCUAUUUCCCUGCUGAAUGCCAUGCUAAGGGGACAAAGGUCCAGGUGAGAUGUAAUGAGGAAAGGGACCAAAGUGGGGAGGUGAAGUGUACUUACAUUGAGGUCGAGCAGGUUGAAAGGACUCAUGCAGUUAUUCUGAGCCGGCCUGCCUGGCUGUGGGGAGCCGAGAUGGGGGCCAACGAACACGGGGUCUGCAUCGGCAAUGAAGGGGUCUGGACCAAGGAACCGGUCGGGAAGGAGGAAGCCUUGCUGGGCAUGGAUCUGGUCAGGUUGGGUUUAGAGCGGGGCAGCACUGCCCAUGAAGCCCUCCAGGUCAUAACAGCACUUCUGGAGCGCUAUGGCCAAGGGGGAAGCUGCAAGGAGGAGCCGACCCCUUUCAUUUACCAUAACACCUUUCUCCUGGCCGAUCGCAAGGAAGCCUGGGUCUUGGAAACAGCUGGGCGAUUUUGGGCUGCUCAGAGGAUUCGAGAAGGUGCUCUUAACAUCUCCAAUCAACUGAGCAUUGGAACAGAGAUUACUGCUGAACAUAAGGAUCUACGGCAACAUGCGCAAAAGCAGGGAUGGUGGAGUGGCAAGGGGGAAUUCAGCUUCAGAGAGGUAUUUUCGCUCAUCCACCAGCCUGUUCGCAUGGAGGCAGCCAAAGCUCGAUAUUGUGCUGGCCAGCAACUCCUGCGCAAACAUUCAGGGCAAAUCACUGCAGAGACCAUUAUGGCCAUCUUGAGUGAUAAAUCCAGUGGGAUCUGUGUUGAUUCUGAAGGUUUCUCCACCACCGGAAGUAUGGUAUCCAUCCUCCCACAAGAUCCUCACCUGCCUUGCAUCCACCUAAUCACAGCAACACCAGAUCCUUCCAGGUCUAUCUUCAAACCUUUCAUCUUUGUUCCCAACAUCCCUUCCUUCCCCCAAGUGAAAUCGCCAAGCUUUGGUGACAAAGACCCUAUCAAGGAGAACCCCCGGUUUCAGAGCCGGGUUGACCGACGCCAUGAUCUCUACAGACAGCACCAGUUGGCCUUGGAAAACAUGGGUCGUGGCCAGAAUGAAAGCCAAAGAAUCCAGGAAGCUAUGCAGAAAUUUCAGCAGCAGAUUCUGGAGAGAAUGAAAAACUUGUUGGCUGGAUCCCUGACUCUGAAACCCCAGGAGCUGGCUGACCUCUUUUUUAACUCUGUGGAAACAGAACUCAAAUUAUAUAAGUGAUGGAUAACGACAGGUAGGUUUAGAUUUCAUCCUGUGCUACUGAAAAUUUCAUGUGUGAGAAGGAUGAGAAUACACUGCUGCUAUUGUCUGAAAGCCUAAAAUGCUGGAGUUUUAGCCUAUGUUCAGCCUAUGGAAUUUUUUUACUAUUGAUAUAGUUCUGUCUUUUAGCAGAUAUCAAACCCCAGUGGAUAUGAAGGACCCACUGAUUACCUCACUGCUUUGUGUUGUGGAUGUAGAAAUGGCUGCUGCUGAGAUUCUGACUGCCUUCUAGAAAAGGCUGGAUGGCCAAAUAUAAAGAAUUUGAUUAAUUUUACUGUUUUUUAUGGAAAUUCAUAAAAUAAUCAUGUUUAUGUGACUUCUCUUCAAUUUAGAACAUUUUAAUGGGAUCCCAAAGUGCAUAAUAAACCUGGGAGAAGCUUGCAUUUUCUAAAACAAUAACUGAAUCCUGUGCCUAUAAUUCGGAUGUGAACUUUAGCCCGAAAAAUUCAAAAUAUUAGAAGACUGCCUAUAGUCCAUCAAGCAAGAUUAAAGGUAUAAUAUCUGAUGUAGCAGAAUGUUUGUGAAGAGUGUCUUCUUACUGAUCUGUUCUAGCCCUGAGAACUUCAGAAGUCUACGUUGCUGCCUUCUAGUCCUAUCACUGUGAUCCAGAAUUUCAAGCUCAUCUCCUGCUCUUUGCUGCUGAGAUGAUUAGAGCAGAGGUAUCUUUGAAUCAGAGACAUAUAUGUUCCCUUCCCAAGCCUUCAGAGAGUUAGUAUUCAGAAUCUAAAAGCCUCCCUGAAUCCACUUGGCUUUUAGCCUGCAGCUGGCAACCCAUAAGGUUUAUUAGAUUAUAAGCCUAGGCUUGGUGCAAUCUCCUUCUAAGGGUAUAUAAUAAUAACAAUAACAACAAUAAUAAGCUUAAUUUAUAUCACGCCCCCUCUCCCCGAAGAGACUUGGGGCGGCUUACAACAAAGCAAAUGAUUAUAAUAAAUAAUAUAACACAGAAAGAUAUCAUUUUCAGACCUACAUAACUGAUAAUUCCCAAUGAAGUCUUGUGAAUAAAGGACUGCUUUGUGUCGUUGUACUUGUCACAGCACAUUUCCUGGGUUCUUUGUGAAGCAGCUGUUAACUUUAACCAGUUUUCAUGCAGUCAGUAUUAGCAGUGCAGCAUUUCAACAGGAACAAGGAGCCGCUCUACAUUUCACUUGAAAGAAGCAAACCCAGUGGGUUGAGGAAAUCUGCACUGGAGUUCACAAUCCCUACUCUUUACUUUGAAGUGCUGCUUUCAAAUUUCAGCAAAGGCUUUUUUUUGGGGGGGGGGGGAGGUUGCCUCUGCUCAGCUUGCUAGCCCCAUGCCUUCCCCUAUCCGACGGUUUCUUUAUAUUUUCCCCUUCGUUCCUUGUGUGCUUUCAAAAAAACAGAUAGCAACUAGAAUAUCUUUAAUGUACACUAUUUCUUUGAAGGUGAUAGAAUAAAAAGUUUGUUUGAAAAGGGUUAGUUUUUUUAAUGCUAUUGUUUGUUCUAUUUUUUGCUUGCAGUUUUAGCUGAACUUACCACCUCUCCUUAAAGGUUUUUUAGCUGGGUUUGGUUUUUUCCCUCAGUCUUCUUUUUUGGAGCACUGGUAGAAAAUGAUGCAUUUUCUGUUUUUAAGUGUUGGUUUGAAGCUGUAUGGUGCUCGGUCUGGAGCAUGUUGUACUCCAGGACUGGUAGUCCCAGUUUGGAUGUGCUCAGUGCCUUGGGACUAUCGUGACUUGUGUCAAAGAUUAACUGUCUCAGCUUCUGCUGCUGCUUCAGUUCUUCCAGGUGGGCCUCAUGUUCCUUCACUGCCUCCUCUCUUCUCCGGGCAGAGCGGCUGGUGAACUCCUCAUGGAGGUCAACAAAGAAGUCUGUCAAAAGAAGGCAAUAAUAAAAAUAUACAGUUGA